CAGGAUAUUGAGAGAAUUAAAAAGCAAUGAGAUGGCAUUUGAUUUUGGAAUUGUUAUUUUGACGUUAGUUAUCGGCGCCCUGAUAGCCGUUUUAGUGUGGUCUCUGACUAAGAAGUCCUCCGAAUCCAGCACUAAAGGGAAAAGUGAAAAAGCUGCUGGAGGUAAAAAAGAUGGAAAGAAAUCAUCAGGGGCCCAAUCGAAACCAGCGAAAAAGAAACCAGCUGUUGCCAUUUCCAAGGAUUCCAAAUCUACGUUCACUCACUCAUGGCUGCUGACAUCACUUAAAGGCCAUACUGGUGCUAUCACUGAUAUGGACUUCAGUGCCAAUGGGAAACAUCUUGCCACUUGUGCUGAAGAACUAGAUGAAGUAUUUGUCUCCCAACCAAUGGUUGAGACUCCAACCCCUAGUGAGACAGACUCUGGCUGUGUACUCAGCCGAAGACAGAAAAGAAAUCGGAUGAAGAAAACUCAAGCUGGGAACAAGAAGAAAGAACAUCCGACCAAAACUGUUGAAAGCAAGCAGAGAAUGAGAAGAGCCACUCCCCUGAAAUACUACACCAGACUGCAAAUGAAGAAUUCUGAAAUUUAUUCCUUUUUAUAUCAGUAUGUCUUGCUAGAUGACCAGCUGCUCAAUUUGGGUUAUCCAGUUGAAAGUUCAUUUUACCCCAAUCGAGCAAUCAUUUACAAGACUCCUGAAGCGAACGUCACGUAUUAUCGGAGUGACGUGAAGCGUGCAUUUAGACAUCAACCGGAAAUAAUUGAAAUGGCUGAACAUCUUUACAGUUCCGAGCACAGCGAUCCGUACGAAGAGAAACCACCGUUGAGUCCUAGCCUUGAAAAACGCUGCGUUCGAUGUAAAAAGGGCUUCUUUGUCACAUUGGACGGUGAAUACCUAACGGAGGAAAGAUGCAUAUAUCAUUGGGGUCAAUGGAAGCGCCCUUGUUCCCCAGGUGAAAGCCACGGCUAUACCUGCUGUCCUGGACAUGAAGGUUCUAUUGGGUGCACAUCCGGCGAUCUCCACGUCUGGAAUGGCGUUAGCCCUGGAAUGAAUGGACCAUUUACAGACUACGUCCGCACCACACCCGGAAUCGGACCCAAAUGUCAUUCGAUAUACGCCUUGGACUGCGAGAUGUGCUACACUGGCCGUGGCCUGGAAGUAUGCAAAGUUUCAGUUAUUAGUAUCGACGGCUGUCUGGUUUACGAAGCUUUGGUGAAACCACACCACCGGGUGAUUGAUUACAACACGCGUUUUUCCGGCCUAUGCGAACAAGACCUCAAGAAGGCCACAAAGACAAUCAGUGACGUUCAACGGGAUCUGCUUGGCUUCAUUUAUUCUCAAACCAUUCUCAUCGGACACGGACUCGAAAAUGACCUUCGUGCUUUGCGUAUCCUCCACUCUGUUAUAAUCGAUACUGCCGUCCUUUUCCCUCACUAUUUCGGUUUCCCUUUUCGCCGCUCGCUCAAGUCGCUCGUUGCCACCUACCUUCAGCGACACAUACAGGUAGGCCAUAACGGCCACGAUAGCUUCGAAGAUGCACGGGCAUGCGCAGAGCUCGUUUUAUGGAAGGCCGCCUGUCAAUUGCGACCGCGGCAUAGAUCUGAACACAUGCCUUAAGAAUCAAAGUUCUCAAAAUGGCACAAUUUUUUUCCUUGUCGUUUUAUAAUCGAUUCAAUCAUGUAUCUACACUCCUUUACUCAAAGUCAAAGUGUUCUACAUUCAUGCAUUUGCGCUGAAAUGUUCUUUAAUUGCCAAUCGCAUUUGUCCUCGUAUUUAUCUUCGUAUUUAUACUAUUCUUUAUCAUUGAUUCAUUGUCUUAAUCUUGUUAAUUGUCUCUUUUUAAACCAACCAAGCUAAGCGCAAAUGCUCAAAAUACACUCGUGAUUUUCCAAUCGUGAA